UUACUCUCUCUCUCUCUCGUCUUUUCAUUUUCUUCUCAAAGUCUGAACCAAAGCAAUCUCAAAGCAGAGAGAACCAGAAAGAGACAGCAAUGGAGGAUCUGCCCUCUGGUUACCGUCCCAACGUCGGCGUCUGCCUCAUUAACUCUGAUAAUCUGAUUUUCGUGGGAUCAAGAUUGAAUGUUCCCGGAGCAUGGCAGAUGCCUCAGGGCGGUAUUGAAGAUGGGGAAGAACCCAAAUCAGCAGCUAUUAGGGAACUACGAGAAGAGACUGGAAUAGUGUCUGCUGAAAUUAUAGCUGAGGUUCCGAAUUGGUUGACGUAUGAUUUCCCACCUGCCGUGAAGGCCAAAGUUAAUCGCCUCUGGGGAGGUGAAUGGCAUGGGCAAGCACAAAAAUGGUUUCUUAUGAGAUUCACAAAGGAUGAGCGUGAGAUAAACUUAGCUACUGGGGAAGCUGAUGCAGAAUUUGCGGAGUGGAAGUGGGCAAUCCCUGAAGAAGUUAUUGAGCAGGCAGUGGACUACAAGAGGCCGACGUAUGAAGAAGUUAUGAAGACCUUCAAACCAUACUUGUACGAAAGUGGAUUAUCUGCAAAAUGUAAAUCAUCCAAAUGGUGAAUCUUGUGUGUGAUUGUAGUUAUAUCACUUAUAUGUGUCCAUCUUCUUAACUCAUUUUACCUGUACUGAAAUUUGGAUCAAGUAAAGUAGAACUCUUGCUUUUUGUAAAUGAGAAUGUUGAGUACCUUUAGUUAGA